ACUCGAUCUUCCGCGCCAUUCAGCCAACUUGACUUCCCUCUCUUCGCUGUGCGCUGAGGGAGGCCUAACGUUCAAAUGACACCGGGUACCAGAGGUCUACCCCAGCGACACGGGACACUUGUCUUCCGAGCGCCGCGAUAGCGCUGGGGCGGGCUUCGUGAGACGAGGGGUUUUUCGCUCUGCGCGUGCUGUAAGAUUGCGAGGGAAACCUUUUCAUAAGACUGUCGGCGGGGAACUUCCGCGAUCUAAUUAACGGAUCCUUAGAUAAGUGAAACAAAAUACGCGAACGCGUUGAUCAAGAUGUACGGGAUGCUGCUGGAAAGUGUGCAAUACUUUGUGCAGGUCGGUAAAGUGCGAGCGAAUAGGGAUGGCAUUGUGUAUUCGAGCUAACUUGGGACACGCGUCUCACAUCUUGCUUACACAAUGUACACACGGGAAAUUGUUUUUUUCGAAUCGAGAUUUUGUUUCUCCUUCUUUUACUUCAUGUUAGAAUUCGGCGAUAAGAUAUGGUGUCAUAUUCUGGAGAAAGCUGAUUGCAAACACAUGGUUUUUAAUACCAGACAGACAUAUUCGGACGAGCUGAUGACCAAUUUAGCCGCAGCUCUCGCUGCGUACACUGGCGAUUCCAUGGAUAACAUUAUGCAAUUUUUCGGCAGGUGUUUCGUUAGAUUUUUCAGUAAUCUGGGAUACGAUUGCACCGUGAAAGCGACUGGUCGUUAUUUUUGCGACUUUCUGCAAAGCGUUGACAACAUUCACAUGCAAAUGAGAUUCACAUAUCCAAAGAUGAAGAGUCCCUCCAUGUAUACAACACAUGUGGAUCCACAGGGAGUCGUAUUAGUUUAUAGAAGUACUCGGCAAGGUUUCACACAUUAUCUUAUGGGACAAUUAUUUCAAAUAGCAAAAGACCUGUAUGAUACAGAAUUGAAUAUUAGAGUGCUAGAAACUUCCAACAACAUUCCGGGAUCUCGGAACGUGAUGGUUAAGUUCCGUAUCGAUUUCGACAAUUGUCAAUACAUCGCGAAGAACAACAGAAUGAAAACUCCGCUAGGUCGUGAAUUGCCACCCAUUUCCUGCACAUUUUUCCUACGCCUUUUCCCAUUUGGCGUAGUAAUGAAUAAAGAAAUGCGAAUUUUGGGAGCGGGUGAUAAGUUGCUUCAAGCCUGGGGUGGCACGACGUCCAUUUUAAGCAAGCAUGUCACGGAAGUCUUCAAAUUGAGAAGACCUAAAGGAAUUUCGUUUACGUGGGGUAAUGUAAUGUAUUUACAUUCAGUGAUAUUCGAAUUAGAACUCAUUAGAGCGAACGAUCAUCACACGGUGGUAAAUUCAGGCGAUACACCAAGCACGAGCAGCAGUUUAGACAGGCGUGGCAGUCAAGGUGCACGGAGCAUCUUGCUAAAGGGUCAAAUGAGAUACAUCGAAGAUAUCAAGGCGAUUAUAUUUCUCUGUAGCCCUUUAAUAAACAGUUUGGACGAGCUUCUUAACAUGGGUCUGUACUUGAACGAUCUAAAUCCUCAUGGUAUGAGCAAGGAACUAGUAUUGGCAGGAUGGCAACAUUGUGGAAGAUUGGAGAUGAUGUUCGAGAGGGCUGAACAAAGGUCGACGGAACUGGAAGACAGUUACGCGCUGCUGGACCGUUGGAAAAAUAAAAGCGACGAGCUUUUGUAUUCUAUGAUCCCGCAAACGGUGGCGGAUCGAUUGCGAGCUGGAGCUAGUCCGUUGAGCACUUGCGAGUCGUUUGAGUCAAUCACGGUUCUCUUCUGCGAAUUAUGCGACUUCGAUUACUCGACCAUCGAAGGGGCAAUGGACAUCGUCUCGUCCAUGAACGCGGUUUUCUCCUGCUUCGACACGCUGAUGGAUCAGUUCAACGUAUACAAAGUGGAGACUGUGGGUCGCGUGUACAUGGCAGCUAGCGGGGCGCCGGACAGAAACGAAAAUCACGCACAGAACAUCGCCGAUGUUUCCCUGCAGCUUAUCGAGCACGUCCGAUCCCUCAAAUUACCCUCUGGACUCGACAUACGGAUCCGUAUAGGAAUCCAUUCCGGACCAGCAGUCGCCGGCGUGGUCGGCAUCAAAGUGCCGAGGUACUGUUUCUUCGGGGAUACCGUUAAUACAGCUUCCAGAAUGCAGACCACUAGUUUGACGGGGAAGGUCCACAUUUCUUCCAGCACCAAAGCUUUGUUACCUGAGGGUCGUUAUCGUACGGAAUCGCGUGGCGUUGUGUGGGUCAAGGGAAAAGGAGACAUGGAAACGUACUGGUUACAAUCCGCGAUAAACGACGGCGCGAAAGAAGAGAUUGGCUUGUCGGAUGACGAAGACGCAGUAGUCGAAGGUCUUCUAGUCACUAAUAUAUAAGACUUACACAUAAGACUUUAACAUUAAAACGAAUACAAAGAUGUUUUAUCGAAAAAUACAGUUAUCGAAAUUCGAUUCGUAUAAAUACUCAUACAUUCAGUCCUUGACCGCGUAGUAGAUAGAUAGUAAAUAGAGUUUUAUAUUUCAGUAGAGAAAAAAGAAUUGUUGUUGAAACCAAAAAGUUUAUUUGUACAUAUCAAUAACAAGAAAUGCAUUUUACAUUAUCAUCUAUUCACCGUGUAAUACGAGCGGUGUUACGAGUAGUAGACGAAAUGUACGUGAGUUUUCACCGAAAUUCCACGUCGUCCGAUUGAAAUGAAUAGAGAAAGUCUCGCGACUUUCCUCCUUUGUGAGUAUUCUAUAUCGCAGGCUUCGACCGAACAGCGGGGAGCAAAGUGCGUGCCUUAAGUUUAAAGUAUCAUUGUCUGCGUGCAACACUUAUGUGUACGAAUAUACUUAUAAAUUACACUUACGUGUAUGAAAUGUGUACGAUAAAAGCAUAAAGCGCGUAUUGUGUUACAUACACGAUCGUAUAAAACAUUGUAACGACGACUAAAGUAAUACGUCUUAUAAAUAAAUAUCUCACAAUACACUCUUCGACCGAGCGAUGCGGCACGGUCUCCGUCAUUGUCGAUUAAACGUGUGUAAGUUAAUUCGAUAUAUUAUUAUCACACGUGUAAUUAAAAUAAAAUAAAUACGUCAGUCUGCAUAUCAACA